AUGUCUGGCCGCGAGUGUCCAUCUUCAGACAGCUCCUCUGACUGGGUUUCUUGCGACGGCAGCUCUUCUCAGACUGUGAAUGUCGAGGUCGAUUCGCAUAUCGGAUUGCUGUCGACACUGAAAAAGAAUCCAUGGUUGACGUCAUGGUCACGCUUCCGCCGUCGAGCGCAGGCGGCACAUGAUGCUGAUUCUGGUCCUGCCCGUUCCAUUAUUAUACCAGCUGAAGCCGAGCCUAACGGGCCACGCGGGCUUGCCCCUAGCGGGGAACCACCAGUGCCUGGGUUCACUAGCCCUCAAUCGCCAAACAAAAUGUCCCUGAGCAGCCACUCAAGCAGUGCGUCUUGGGCUCGCUCACUAUUCGCCCUCCAGUUCAAUCGGCACCGUCAACAACGCGAACCCCCCUUGUCAUUGGUACCAGACAGACCGCGCAGACUCCAGCAUGGCGAUGACAGCGAGGUGUCCAAAGUCAACAUCUUGCCUACUGACACGCUGACCUCGACUGCUCGACUGCCUUCGAACGCUCAUGUCUGGUCUGAGUUGACCAAAAUGGAUCCCAAUAACCCGACUCUGACCCCUAACCUCGCGGAUCUGCUCACCGGUCUGUCGAGUCCAGAAGAUGCAAGCCGCAAAAUGGCAGCUUUCAAGCUGCAGUCGCUCAUCAACGACCCUUCCUUUGCGGAGCAUUUCGUGCUUGCGGGCGGCCUGCCUCAACUGCGCACGCUCGUCCUCGAAAGUAGUGGAAAUACCCUCGCAUAUAGUCUAGCCAGCUUUGCCAGGCUGUUAGAGGUCGACCAAGGGUGGGAGGCCGUCAAUGAUGAGGUGGUGCAACUGGUUGUGUGCCAACCUUUAGUGAACAUUCUCCGAGGCGCAAUGGCAAUACUUGUCUCCAUCGUUUCCCGACCGUAUCAUGCCGAUCGAUCCUCUCAAAUCAAUUCCAAUAACAAUGCCGGCGGGUUUCAAGCCUUGAAACCGGCGCUUGCAGUAUACCCGCAGUUCCUCGAGAUGCUGGUGACAAGGUUGUCUUCCGCUGACCAUGCUCUGUGCGCCAACGCCCUACAAUUGAUCAAUUCGCUUAUGCGCGAUGCGAUCACAAAUGACAAUGAAACCGAAUGGCCUAAAUUUAUCAAACGAAUACAAGAUCUUGGGGUCAUCAAGGCAGUAUACGUGCUGAUGCAGAGUUCGGCGCUGCAAGAUUUGGCGCAUCCCUUGCUUGAAUUCCAAGCAUUGACCAAGAUAUUGCUGAGGAGGUGGAGAGACGUGCCCGUGGACUUAGUUAAGCCAGAACACAGACGGACCAUCAAAGCCGUCCAUCUGUCCAGCAACCCAGAAAAACAACCCGAAUACGAGGUUCGAAACGGAGAAUCCAAGCCAAAGCACAAUCCACUCAAAUGGAGGCGGCUUGGGUUCACCAGCGAGAACCCGGAGCCAGAUUUCGCAGAUAUGGGUUUUCUGGGGAUGAUGGACCUUUCCGACUACGUCCGGAAAUACCAAGAUGAGUUCCAGAAUAUUCUUCUGGAACAAUCAGUGCUGCCGGAGCAGCAAAGGUGUCCGUUGGCCCGGGCAAGUUUGACGUUGACGGCAAUUCUCUUUGAGCAUUUCGAAGUAGACAAGAUGGACCUGGAGGAUUCCAAAAGCUACCUCGCAUUGGAGAGCCGGACCAACUUUGACAAAGUCUUCAAACCUUUGUUGCUGCACUGGAGCCGUUUACACGUCGCCGGAUUACAUGCCUUCUUCAGAUUAUGGAAGGCCACGGGGGCUGAAGUGGAUGAUUUCCCCAAGAUUGUCGAGCUGGUCCGGAUUUUGGUGGAGAGUGUCGUUGGUGGAGCAGAUCGCACCAAGGGGAUUGAAGAUAUCGAGAAAGAGAUGGCUGCCUUUGAAUACGGCAAACUUCGUGAGCUGCAGAUGGAGCUCCUGGAGCUGACGUACGAAGACGUCUGGGGCCAGCACCUCCGUGGAGUUAAGGAAGAGUUGCAAGGCGAAGCUUUGCAAUUCGUCAAGGAGCAGAGGAUCCGGUGCCUGUUGGCUGGAGCUUGGUUUCCCAACGGAACAUAUACGGAUCAAGAAGGCGGGGGCCCUGUAACGGAGGAUAGUUUGGUUCAAAAUGCAGCGCACGGCUACCGAUUCAUCAGGCUCUCGGAGAACCGCAAACACUUACAUUGGGGUGACUUUGAUGAAAAGGAGGAGCAGUCACCGUCCGCUGCGAGUCUCCGGGACAAGAUCGAUCUCUCGAUCGUAUCAUCUGUGGUUUCCAAUGUAACGGCCAAUGACAGGUCAUCCAUCGGCUCGGACUCGACGCUCAAAGAAUUGCUGCAUGACCGGUUCACCACAAACAAGAUCACGAUCCAUGGCUAUCUGCCCAAAUCCCGUGGCAACCGAGAAGGGCAUUCGAGAACUUCCUCAAAGACGUCCUCAGCCCGGAAUGGAUCCAAAGAAUCGGUCCUUCUUACCUUCCACCCAAACAGUCACAGUCUUGCCUCAGAAUGGCUCGAUGGACUUUUGAUGCUCCUGGACCAACAGCCAAUCACAGCCGAAACCAACAGUCUCAUACACAUGAUCAGCGACUAUGGGCUGAAAGUCCGGCUCCUGAACGUACGAUUCAAUGACGAGGAGGGGAUUGUAGAGGGGAUGGACGGAAUGGAUGGUCCUGAGAUUCCGAGCCGAGAAGGUCUGGAUGAUGACUACUACUAUGAGAUAUGA